AUCUGCCAUUCCCUAAUUAACCUGCUGAGGAACAAGCUCGAUCCCAACACCAUCCACCAUGGUUAACGCUUUCAUCUUCAAGACCGCCGCUUUGGUGUCGACGCUGCUUGCGUCUGCCAAUGCCGAGCUGGAGACCGUCAAGCUCUCCCACCCGCACGGCUCCAGCGCCGAGGUGUUCCUCUUCGGUGCCCACGUCAAGUCGUUCCGUGCCGCCAUGGACCCGAAGCUUGACAUUCUGUUCAUGUCGAACGAGUCCUUCAUGGACGGCGUGAACCCCAUCCGUGGAGGUAUUCCCCUUGUGUUCCCGAACUUCGGUAGCGCCAAGGGAUUCCCCAGCCACGGUUUCGCUCGUAUCACCAACUGGACGCUGGCCAGCCACGAGGAAGCCGCUGACAAGAACAGCCCCAGCGUGGCCACCUUCACGAUGGCGUCGAGCGACUCGACCCGCAAGAUGUGGCCCGUUGACUUCGAGCUCGAGUACGAGGUGAAGCUGUACGCUAACCAGCUGGAGACGGCUCUGCACGUGCACAACACGCACAAGGAGCAGAUUGACUUCCACGCUCUGCUGCACAACUACCUGUGGGUGGACGACGCUCGCAACAAGGGCGUGCAGGUGCACGGCCUCAAGGGUGUCGACUACUACGACAAGGUUGCUAAGGUCAACGCUACGGAGAUCCGCGAGUACAUCGACUUCGCUAACCAGACUGACAACGUCUACAGCAACGCCCCCAACAAGGUCAGCGCCAUUAUUAAGGGCGUCAACGCUGUGGACCGCACGGUUACGGUUGAGAAGGCCGGCUUCAUCGGCGGCUCGGCCAGCCAGAAGAACGUCGAGACCGAGACCGACGUCGUCGUGUGGAACCCGUGGGCCGACCGUGCCAAGACCAUGGAGGACUUCGGUGACGAGGAGUACAAGAACAUGGUUGCUGUCGAGCCUGGCCGUGUGUCUGUGAAGCAGGUUCUACCUGCUGGCGAGACGUACACGCUGCAGGAGACCAUCUCGGUCACCACGCUGUAAGCGAUGGACGACGUAAUUCCAUGAUGUAGAUGUGUUGAAUAUUUUUGAUGGAGAAG